AUGGCUCCUCCUCCUCCUAUAACAGCAGAUCAGGCGGCUCUGUGGGACCGCCAACAGCAGCAAGGAAACGAGUGGAUAGCACAACAGCACCGCGACUCCACCACCGAGAUGAAUAUCACUCUUGCAGACCAAACUGCUCUCUGGAGCCAUCAACGUCAGCAAGGUAAUGACUGGACGGAUGAACAGCGCGGCAAGUUCGACGCCCAGAUGCAAGAACAUAAGCUUUCUCUUCGCACAUUGCCGCAUCCGGAUAUGGACGAGAUCAUCCGCCAGGUCGAGUUCUACUUCAGCGACGAGAACCUACCUUCGGACGCACAUCUGCUCUCCAAGACGGGUAAUUUCGGCGAUGAGUUCGUCUCCCUCAAUGAGAUCCUCGGCUUCCGGAAGAUGCGUCGCUUCAAGCCCAAGUCUCGUGUCAUUGCUGCGCUCAAGGAGAGUCAGAAGCUGGAGAUUUACAAGAACAACAAGUACAUUCGCCGCAAGGAGCCACUGAAGAUCCCUCUUCGUGUGACGCCGAAGGUCGAUUCCAAGCGCGAGGAGAUCAAGAAGCUCAUCGAGCAGCCGUGGCUGACCAAGGGAAUUCUCAAGCCCACUGGCUUCGAGGCGACGUACGCAGAGCCACCUCUCAAGCCGGAGGAGUGGGAGGAAGAGCGCUUGCUUUUCAAUCCAGAAGAAGCCUUCGCUGUUCGCAUUGAGAGAGCCAUCGUCAAGUACACCUCGCGGCGCAAGUUUCAUCAGGAUACCCGCUUGGUCUUUUCCAAGUUCCUCAUGUUUGGCGGGUUUGCUCAGAGCAACCGGAUGUUUGUCGGAGGUGUGAGUAAGAAUGAUCUCGAGGACAUGAGCAAGGAGGAACAAAGCGACGUGAUGGCCCAAUUCUCGGUUCACGAUCAGGUAUGGGACGGACUCGAAGUGGAAGAGGGCGAUCCGACUUGGAUCGUCGACUUUGAAACCCUCGCCAAAGCAUUUCUCUCAUCUCCGUUCAUGGCCUCCUUCGAUUGGCGAGAUCACAAGACUCAGACGAACGCCACCAACGUCCUUCGCAAUUUCUACAACUACCUCAUGCACCACGAUGUCUGUCCGGAGUACCAGGAUCAGAUCAUCAAAGCCAUUGAAGUCUGUGAUCUUGCCGAAGACGAGUUCCCAAAAUUGGCGAAGGUGGACGCUGCCCUUCCAGGCACUUUCAACGUGGCAUGCUCAACAAUUCACAACGGCGCUCACGCGAACAUGCGGCCAAUCGACCCGACCGCCGACUGGGUCAUAGAGGGCGACUACACGGGUCUUUCCGACAAGGACGCGGAGAUGAUCUUCUUCGCCGGUGUCACGGCUCACUGCUCCGCCGAGCAGAUAGCAGAAGUCGUCUCAAUAGCCACAGUCAAAGGUCGCCUCGAAACAGUUCUUGAAGAGCAGAUGGGUCUCGAGGUCGUCGGUGUCGAACAUACCUCAGACCAAGCCAAGCAAGUCUACAACGAUGAUCGCAUCAAGGACACCAUCAUCAAGUCCACCGGCAAGCUGAUCUGCAAGCGCUGGAAGAUGCCCAAUGCGCGCCCAAGAGAUAUCCCCGAGGACACCAUCGAAGACCUCCGAGCGAAGCGAAGUGAGAGGCUGGAGUUCUUGAUGGAAGAAGAGAUCUUGCAGUCUUGCUAUCCUGGAUUGAAAUUCUCGGCGGUCGUCAAGCAGCUGUCGAACGGCAUCAAGUGGAUUGACUCAUUCGACUUCACAUACCCCAGCUUCUUCACCUGGAUCCCGAACGAAGACUUCCCGUUCCCGGAGCAAGGAGCUCCCAAGGCAUGGAUGGCACGGCAGAUGGAGAAGCAGCAGAAUGAGAGAAGUGUGGUCCGGCGGGAGGACGAGGGGGCUGAUGAGAUGCCGGAGUGA